GUGGGGUCGCCGCGGCUCGAAUGUCACAAAUCGAGUUUGGUGUUUGCGCUUCAAAUAUCUCUCUACUGGCUUAGUGUGGACGGUGCCAGACAGAAAACGAUCUCGUGCUCGCCAUUUCCUAUUCGAUAUAAUUUGAGCCGCGAGCAUAUCUGUCUCUCCGUGUUGAUUCAGCACAUAGCUGGUAUGGUUCGUGCCAUAGAGCCGAGACUGGGGUUUGGUGAUGUUCUGAGCCUCAUGACCUACAUUGUCUAUUACGUGAUGGGUUCUGGGGCAAUGAACUUUGAUUGUCAACAAUCCAAAGUGCGGGGUAGAAGCUACUGUAGCCGAGCCCCUGAAGAAGCGAGCAGGUGAGGCAAGUCCGUGAGGACAAUGGAGGGCCAACUAAGCACCUGUCGUACUCUCUUACCACAUCCUCAUCAAGGGGUCGAUCAAUGAAUUUGAUGGGAUCACUUCUCGGGAGCAGUCCAGGAGAAGCUUCCUCUCACAAGAACAAGAGCCGCUGGAGACAUACGACAGGAUACAUUCUAGUUCUUUCCCCAAUAUUUCAUACGAAAAUAAAUCCGAGGAGUUCUCGCUGUCCAACAGUGGAAGUCCAGCUCGAUAUGCUAGUACCAGCAUCAUGGGAUGCACCGAUCGGGUGGAAAAGAUGAACAUCAUCUUCCAAAGUUGUAUUGCUACCUGUGGCUUGUCUUGGAGUCAUGGCUAUCAACAGGACAUGUUGAAGACAUUGCUGAUAGGCCUGCGCUUUUAUUUGACUCAAUUCGGAGAUUCGACCCGCGAGCUUCCUCGCCCCACUUGCUCCGCUCGCUUAUGUGUCAAUAGUGAUCUACAAGCACCACUCCCUACCUGAGUAAUUCUAGACGCGGAUAUGGCAUCCCCAGGUUGGUCGCAAGACCUCAGAAGCGAGCAACAAGAAGAACGAUUCAUCAUGGCUGUCUUGACCUCAACACCAGAGGAUGUUUCUCAAAGGGAUCUUCCUUCCCAGAGAUACCCUAGAAAGAUUCUCAAUGCGUCGCUACCUCCAGUCCAUUUGGAUCCUAUAUCGUCUGAAUUCGUUGCGUCCAAACACCUUGCUUUCCAGCCACCAUCCAAAAUAAUCUCUCUAGCCGACAUCCACCUCCCAGACUCUGAGAUCUCUCCUGUUGCGUCAUCUGUACCUUUUCCACUUCUGUCGGCUGAAGCAAUUAAGCAACACAGAAAAGAGCUUUUCUCGAAAGAUGUCCUAGACAACUGCACUUUCGCAACUCGUCCUGGCUCCGUCCAGCUCCGUGGAAUGGCGCCACGCUAUGCACCAUUUGUCCACCAGUUCUGGAACUCAUCUGAGGUCCUCGGUAUCAUCAGCAACAUAGCAGGUGUCGAUUUGGUGCCGGUGAUGGAUUACGAGAUCUGUCAUACCAAUGUUCAACUCGGACCUGGUGGUAUGGACGCAGUCCGAAAUACGCCGAUUUGGCCACCAGCCGCGACAGAGGAAGAGAAGAAAUCGUUCACUAAGAAUAGUACUCGAGAAGAAGAAGUUUCUAAACCGAUUGUUCCUUGGCAUAGAGACUCGCAUCCUUUCGUUUGCGUGGUCAUGCUGUCCAACACAGAUUUCAUGACAGACGGAGAGACGGAACUCAUGAAGGGCGAUGGGUCGACGAUCAAAGUUCGAUCACCUGAAUGCGGCCAUGCUGUUGUGCUCCAAGGUCGAUCAGUCUCACACAUCGCCAUCCCUGCGGGCAACAUGCCGGAACGAAUCACGAUCGUAACCUCUUUCCGUCCACGAGAUCCAGUUCUUCAGGAUAGCAGCUCCAACAUGAAUGUGAGGAAUAAGUCUUUGCUUCCAGAGCUUAAUUACCAAUGGACGACCUACCGACUUGAACUUUUGAGUGAGAGAUUCAGAGCUCUAGCGUCUGAUAUGACGAAGGACUACCAGUCCAAGAUCAAAGACACGGAUUGUGAAGGGAAGGCAGGGGCGUGCAAAGUUGAGACCGUCAAUGUUGAAAAGCUCUCUAGAUGGAUGGAGUCUCAGAUCAGUUAUAUGGAAAAGACAUUAUAUGAGAUGAGACCUGUGACGGUCGAUGACUGGGUGUCGAAGAAUGAGGUGUAAAGAAGUAGACUGGACAGACUGUGCUGUUUUCAGACUAUUCAGGAACUAAUGUAGAAUUUUAUGUGGCAGAACAAAUUUGAUAAAUAGUCAUGUUCGAAGCGUGCCCGUGGGAG